GAGUUGCAGUGUUGUUAUUGGCUGUGGUGGGGAAGGAAGCUGCUGCUCUCUCACUGCCAACAUUCACAUCACGCCAGAUGAAAGCUUAACCUAUCGGUUUCAUCUUCUCUAUUGUAAAGGAGUGGACUGUGUGCUUGAGAAAAUAGCGUUUACAUAACAACAAACAUCUAUUGGAAAUGAUUUAAUGAAGAACAAAUAAUUAAUUAGUGCCUGAGAGUCGUUUAAUACAGAGAAUAAGAGCCGGCAUAAACUUUACUGAUUCACAAAUAGCUAACAGCUUUACAAAAGGAACGAACUUUUAUAUAUAUCACAUAAAUUAAUUUGUCAGAAUUAAGGUCUAUCAGCAAACGACGCUGAUAAUUAACGACGCUGAUAAUUAACGUGUAUAUGAGAAAUGCGGAUAGCAGGUCUUGUGGUCUGUAUCAAUACUAUCUGAUAUGCCCUAAUACCUAUACUUCUGUCAAGAUAACUGUUUAUGAUAGUGAAACAGAAGACGCUCUCGAAAUAAUUUACGUAUAUUAUGAAAAUGACUGGGCCAUGGAACGAUCUUGAUUACUAUAUAUUCGUAGUGUUCAGCCCGUAUUUCGCCUUCAGAAUCGAUCCCCGAGGAAUAUUUUACUAUUAGAUUCAGAGGAUCACAUUCAACUUCCCCAAGGACCGCAGGUUGCUGACUUAUAACAUAGUUUUGUUAAUUUAUAAUUUGUAGUGUCAUAAACAAUCCACCUGAAAUCAACAACAACUCUCCUGUGCUAAUAACAAUGCUAGUCAAAGCAUCUUAAACAUAGUCACUCCGUUUUCUCGCACCCCUUGUGCAACAUUCUUGGCAGCUAAAGGGGGUGGUAAUGUACCCUCCUGGUCGACCAUGAAGCAGUACGCCAACUUCGAUUGCCUACUCACCACUCUGGGUAUAGGACGGUGGACAUUCCUCAUGUUCAGUUCGUAUAUAUUAUGGACGUUGUUGCUGCCUUAUUUCUCCCUGGGAGGUGCCUUUUACAAUCCCACUGUGGCUCACUGGUGUCGAGUGCCAGAGUUCGAUAACUCUAACUGGACCCUUGAGCAGCGCCUGAACUACUCCAUUCCCUGGGAAGACAACGGUGAACAACUGAAGAGGUCACAAUGCCGCAUGUUCGUAAGAGAUUACGAGGCUGUGGCGCAGCUGCCUUGGACCCCUGAUCUUGUGGUUUCCCAGGAGGAGGAAAGUUUAUUGGAGACACAAUCUUGUGACCACUGGGAAUAUGACACAUCUGUCUUCUCCUCUACUGUAUCUAUGGAGUGGGACCUUGUGUGUGGGAAGGCCAGCCUCAGCCCCUUCUUCCAGAGUUUCUACUUCUUCGGCACAGCUGUCGGAGAGCCCCUUUUAGGCUUCCUGGGUGACAGGUAUGGACGAAGGCGGAUUGUAAUAGUCUCCAUUGUGGCGUUUACUCUGACGGCUACGUCAUCAGCGCUGGUGCCACUCUAUUCCUUAGUGCUGGCUGCCCGCUUUGUGCUAGGCGUCAUUCAUACUAUCAUCGGCCCCUCUUAUAUCCAAGGUCUUGAGGCUUGCCCACCCAAGUUUCGAACCAUCUUUGGUCUACUCGCCACUACUCCCUUUGCCGUCACUGGCAUGCUCUUCGGCGCCUGGGCUUACUUGGUUCGCGACUGGCGCAAGUUGCAGCUCCUGUGCACACUUCCAGUAGCACUGCUCCUCCUCCAUAUACCGUUUGUGGACGAGUCCCCCAGAUGGUUGAUGAUGCAAGGACGGUACAAGGUGGCGGCCAACACACUCAUGAAGGCUGCUCGUUGGCACAGCGUCACACUUCCUCCUCGCAAUGAACUCGAGCAACUCCUAGCAAAAUUCCAUUCAGAGGAUGUGGAAGAAAGGAGUGAAACCCGAGACUCGACCACUGGAGCAAGGUGCUGCCUACGCACAUGGUGGGAGGACCUGUCCAUCCUAGCGAGGAUCCCUAUCCUUCGCAGGAUUACAAUAGCACUCUUUGGCUGCUGGUUCUGUACAGGAGUCACCUACUGGGGCAUUAGUCUCUCUGGUACUACUUUCAGCACUGACCCCUUCCUGUACAUGGUGUUGAGCUCCCUGAUGGAGAUCCCAGGCUACAGCGGCUUCACUCCCUUUGUGGCCCACUUGGGUCGCCGCUCUGUCUUGGCCUUCAACUUCAGCGUCUGCGCCGCCUCUAUACUCACCAUCCUUGUCACGCCUUCCAGUAGGCCUUCCUCUUUCAUAUAUACUUCAUAUUAGGUUAUUUCUAUUAAGAGAACGUUAAUAGUGGAAAAUAUGCAACCAAUUAUAUACAUAAACUUUUGAGUAAUUUAUCACGUAUCUCGUUAU